CACAACAUCUAGCAUGCAGGCAAGGAAAGCGCUUUCGCUUAGCCAUGGUAUAACCGAACCACAAAUGAGAAGCCUGUUUGCCACGGACUGGCAGGCCAUCCUUGCACACGUAUUAAGCCCAUGUAUGGCACUAUGCAUGUUGCCCCGCAAGUGGUACGAAUGGCAGUUGCUCCGACCAACUGUCCACAACAAGCCUCAACGCAAGGGCUUUUGCUUGCAGCCGUAACAUUAAGUCGUGGCAAUCGGAUUUAUCGCUGUUUCGAGGUUCGGCGAAAGCAGUCUUUUACGUUUUUUGGCGGGAGGAACGGGCUCCGCGUUUGGCCUUGCAGCUGGCAUCGACUUAAGGAAUAUGACGAGCCAAUCAGCCGAGGCCCAGAUCGAGCGCAUUGUCCGCGACCAGAACAGGCCAUUCGGGCUCCAGCAACUCGUCGACCUGGGAGCCACCACCGGCCUUAAAAAGGCGCAAGUUUCCAAGGCUGUCGAUGCACUUGUAGCUGAAGGGAAAAUUAUAUCGAAGGAGUUCGGAAAGACGAAACUGUUCAUCCCUCCUCAAACUGGUCUAAAGGUCCUAUCUAAAGAGGAAUUCGACAGCAAAAAGGCUUCCGUAAAGCAGCUACAGGAGCAAUGCCAAAAGGAGGCCACGGAAGUCAAACAGCUCGAAGCGGAGCUGGCCCAGCUACGCAGCGCCCUAUCCGAGGAGGAGAUCAGUCGCCAAACCGCCGAGCUCACGAAAAAGCUGUCGGACGACGAGUCCAAGCUGCGGCUGCUCAAGGCGGGCACCGUGCUCAUCACGGCGGAGGAGCGGCAAGCGGUUGAGAAGCGGCUGCUGACCAACCUGGAGUGGUGGCGCAAGCGGCGAGCCAUGUUUAAGAGCAUCUGGUCUGUCCUCAGCGAGAGCCUGGACGGCAAGCAGAGCGAGUUGUUUGAGGAGGCGGGUGUGGAGACGGACGAGGCGGCGGGGGCGGACAUGGCGGAGGCGGAGAGGCUGCUGCCCAAGAAGAGGAGGAUGUGAGGAGGGGCGGGGGGAAGGAUAGGAUGAACCGAGC